UACUGUAUAUAUAUAUAUAUAUAAUGAAUUCAUGAAGGAGAGAUAUAUAGAAAGAAAGAGGGGCCAAAGAGGAGCUUACAAUUUGAAACUAGUCCUCAAAAGAUUAGCUCAGCAAUUGUGCUAAGUUUUGAAGCUUCUUCUUCUUCUUCUUCUUGUCAUCUUUUAGGGUUUUGUAGUUAGAGGUUGGUGUUGGAGAAGAUAAGAUAAAAGAGAUGCAGAUUGCUCAUUUCAUCUUUGGAAUUUUUGGCAAUGCAACGGCACUCUUCCUCUUUUUGGCACCAGUGGUUACAUUUACAAGGAUCAUAAAGAGGAAGUCUACUGAGGAUUUCUCUGGGGUGCCUUAUAACAUGACUCUUCUCAAUUGCCUUCUCUCAGCAUGGUAUGGAAUGCCAUUUGUGUCACCAAACAACAUUUUGGUAUCAACAAUCAAUGGUACAGGGGCAGUGAUUGAAGCUAUAUAUGUUAUCAUCUUCAUAAUUUAUGCUCCCAAAAAACCUCGGAAACGUAUGUCUGGUUUACUAGUACUAGUCAUCUCUUUAUUCACUAUGGUAGCACUUGUUUCUAUAUUUGCUCUCCAUGGUCAACACCGGAGGUUCUUUUGUGGCAUGGCUGCUACCAUUUUCUCCAUCUGCAUGUAUGGCUCACCUCUUUCUAUAAUGAGGUUGGUUGUCAAAACAAAGAGUGUGGAGUUCAUGCCCUUUUUUCUUUCUCUGUUUACUUUCUUGUGCGGCACUUCUUGGUUCAUCUUUGGACUUCUCGGCAGUGAUUUAUUCGUUACGGUUCCUAAUGGAUGUGGAUGUGCACUUGGAGCAAUUCAACUUAUCCUAUAUGCCAUAUAUAGGAACAACAAAGGAGAAGUUGAGCAAGUUGAUGAGAAAGCCACAAAUAAGUAUGAAGAUUCAAUUGAGAUGAACCAUGCUAAUAUAUACUCAAACAACAAUAAUAAAUCUCAUCUUGUUAAUGUUAAUGUUGAUGUUGAUGAUAAAGUGUAGAGCUUUGUCUUUGUGUUGUUUUAGGUUGAGUGAGUACUUAUGUUUCUUAAGAGUUUGGUUAAACUUAGAUCAUGUAUUGUGUUUGACUGUUUGUGUCUCAAAUAAGGAACUAAUUUUGUUAGGCUUGAGCA